AACUUUUUCAUUCCAUGUUGUGUUUGUGCGCGAAAGUGCUGUCUGUUUUGUUGUUACAAAACAUAUUUUGUUAUUUAAUGAUUUUUACGUUUUAUCUACUAAACUUGCUGUUUCUGUAUUCUAGGCUAUUACAGGAUAUGAAAGUGUAUUUUAAAUUAUAGUGCGUGCUCAUUCCACUCUAAAAAUCGAUUUUAAAGUACGAAUAAAUAUUUCGCGACAUAAAUAAAAUUCGCGCACUUUAUCCUGUUCACAUUUCCUCCAACAUGAGUCUCAGCCGUUUCAUGAGGAGCGAGCUGGUGAAAGUGGCCCCAGUGGUGUCGAAACUCGUAGGACCUUGUGCCAGUCGCUGCGUGAGUACAUCGCGGCCGUCACCGGGCGCCGUUGCCCAACAGUCGGGCAAGCCGGACUGGAACCGCGCCGUGAGCGAGGCCGAGAAGAUCGUGGGCUACCCGACCUCCUUCCUGAGCCUGCGCUGGGUGCUCAGUGACGAGAUCGCGAAUGUCGCGCUGCAUCUGAGGAAGCUGGUCGGCAGCAAUCAUCCGCUGCUUAAAACUGCUAAGAACCUGAUAUACAAUGGCAAGAACAACAUGCAAGCCUGGGGCCUCAUUGUGCUGCUGGUGUCAAAAGCAGCCGGUCACAGCCCGGAGAUCCCCGACAUGGAGCAGGAUAAGGCAGCCGGGGUAUUGCAUAGCCAACGCGCGCUAGCAGAAGUCACGGAGAUGAUCCGGACCAGCCACCUGGUGCACAAGGGUCUAGUAAACAUGAACACACGCAGCCUUCAAGUGUCAGAGGCGGCGGAGCCCGACGACAUGAUGUUCGGGAAUAAAAUAGCGCUGCUGAGCGGAGACUACCUGCUGGCCAACUCCUGCUCCGAGCUGGCUAACUUGAGGAACCAAGAGCUGGUAGAACUGAUGUCUUCAGCAGUCCGGGACCUGGCGGAGGCAGAGUUCAUGGGCGUCAGGGACGAACAGAACAACCCGCUGCCGUCGAGGCCCCUGCCAGAGGGAGAGAGGGAGACCGCAGAAGAAUGGGACAACAUCCUCGACCCCCUCCCCAUGAAGGGCAUCCUGGGCGCGGCGCGGCGCGAGUGGUCGGCGCGGCACGUGCUGGCGGCCGGCGCGCUGCUCGGCAAGAGCUGCAGCGCGGCGCUCAAGCUGGCCGGACACCCGCCGCCGCUGCAGACAACGGGCUACCUCUUCGGCUGCCACCUAGCGCUGGCCUGGCAGGCGUUCCUAGACCUGGAAGCGUUCAGCGGGCCGGAGCCCGCGCGGUUCAGCCUAGUCGGCGCUCCGCUUGCAUUCACGCUGCAGGCGCGGCCCGAGCUGUACGAACACAUCGACAAGGGGACACGGAACCAUAACAACGUGGACUAUCAUGCUCUCUACCUGGCAGUGAAGGAAGGCGACGGCAUAGAGAAGACCAAGCAACUGCAGCGCGAGCACAUCGCGGCCGCCAGUGACGUGCUCGAGAAGUUCCCCAACUGCGACGCCAGGACCGCACUAUCCAACAUCAUCGUCGCCAUGAACGGUGACCAUCUAUGUUAGGAAACGGAAUAGAGAUAGCUCAAGAGGCUAAGUGAGUGGUUGAGUUAGUUGUAGAGGUUUGCGAUAGAUGGCGUUGUAAGGUUAAAUCCAUUUUUACUGAUUUUACAGUCAUGCUGUGCGCUUUCUUUAAUGUAGAAAUCUCUCAUUGUAUUUUUAUAGACAUUCCGACUGACAAACAAGAAUCUUCUAGAAACAUGUA